UGUGUGUGUGUGUGUUUUUAUGGGAGCCAGAAAUCUGUGUGACAAAGCUAGCAACAUUAGAAAAUAAGUGAAUCGGGGAAUUAGCAUGGCUACGGCUAUGGCAAGUUUAACUAGGAAGCUGAUGAUUUUGUGUGUGAUGAUCAAUAUUGUUAUUGGAAACAAAAUCUGCCUGCCGGAGAACCAACCAGCAGCCUUGUUCGUAUUUGGAGACUCACUGUUUGAGGUCGGAAACAACAACUUCAUCAAAACUAUACCUUUUCUUCAGGCCAACUGUGCUCCUUAUGGCCACACUACUUUCUUCAAAUAUGCCACCGGAAGAUUUUCCGAUGGCCUCGUCCUCCCAGAUUUCAUUGCUAAAUAUGCCAACUUGCCCCUGUUGCCGCCAUAUCUGCGUACGGCAUCAAACGAUGGUGACGAUUAUAUUUAUGGGGCGAAUUUUGCAUCUGCCGGAGCCGGAGCUCUUGUUGAAACUCGCCAAGGAACAGCGAUAGACCUGAAAACACAAGUGAGUCACUUCAAACAAGUUGGCAAGCUGUUGGAGCAGAAACUGGGAGAUGCAGAAGCCAAGGCAUUGUUAUCCAACGCCGUUUAUAUUUUUAGCAUAGGAGGAAAUGACUAUUCUGCCCCCUUCUUGACGACCUCCAGCACUGUCGUUCUUCCUUAUCCUCAAGCACAAUUUGUGGAUGUCGUGAUCGGCAACAUAUCAAGCGCCAUACAUGAAAUUUACAAAGAAGGUGGAAGGAAAUUCGGAUUGCUUAAUGUGGGUCCUAUGAAUUGUUUCCCAAUAUUCAGGAUGAUGAAAAACGGAAGCAGCUUAGAUGCCUGCCAAGAAGAAGAAGCUUCAGGAAUUGCAAGAUUACACAGAAAAGUUCUCCCCACAAUGCUUCAGAAACUGGAGAAACAGCUUGAGGGAUUCAAAUACUCUCUCACUGACUUCUACGGUGCCCUUGUUGAAGUAAUGAAGUACCCUUCCAGAUAUGGUUUCAAAGAAGGAGAGGUGGCUUGCUGCGGAGGAGGCACAUACAGAGGAGAUUAUAGCUGUGGGGGCAAAAGAGGAAUUGAAGAAUAUGAGUUAUGUGAGAAUGUGAAUGAUUAUGUUUAUUUUGAUUCCAUUCAUCCUUCAGAAGCUGCAGCUCAACAUUUCGCCAACCUCAUGUGGGCUGGAAAUAAUGAUUUCACUCACCCUUACAAUCUCAAACAACUCUUUGAAUUACGCUAACUUAGUGUAUUUUUGUUCUUGAUAUUUAGUUAUUGUUUCCAAGCUGCGUUGUAAUAUUUAAUUUUUUUUCUUAAUUAGCAGUAAUUUUUAACAAGAUUUACUUUCCAGUAUCAACGAUAUAUAUACAUAGGGUUGUUUGAUUUGAUGGUA